AAAAGAGAAAAUGCAUACGCGUCACACAAACAUGGCGGUAAUCCUAUCAGCUGAUAGCAUCCGCCGCUAGGAUGACGGGCUGUAUUUUGGUUAAUCGGGUUAGAUCGCAAUAAGUCUCCCUUCUUCCCCUAUCGCUCUGUCAUCAUCCUCGCCGUCGACAGUCGACAACAAAUUGCGCGUAUUGGCCUACCUACACUACGUUACGUGUGUGAGAAUACGUGUGAUCCGGAUGACGCAUCGACGACGAUGCUAACGUAUUUCUCGCACGUUGGUACGUAUACGUAUAACCGUAGCAACCGGGAGAAACUGAGAACGGGCGUGUGUCGCUGACAGGUAGAAAGCAGUACGCGUAAUGUCGUAAGAGUAAUAAUCGUCCAUCGGCUCGGAGAGAGAAACCCGACUCCGAGUCAACUCGGGAGGAAUUAACCGGAGUGAGGUCCGCUUUGAGAGAUCCUCGCAGAGCGGGAUCGUCGUCACGAGAGUGAGCAGUCUGUAAUGAGCGACUCCGAACAACGGCAACUACACGUGCCUUAUCGAGAGUACCAUAGUCAGAACAACAGCAGCCCGGCUACCACCGCUGCCGUUGCCACUGCCGCCGCCGCUGCUACCGCUCUGGUGGAGACCGAUGCGCUGGUGGAUCUGUCCAUCGCGUCCAUCAACAGCAGCAGUAGCAGCCACCAUCAGCAUCUGUCGUUGCACAACGAUCAGCCGCCGUCACCGGCUGAUUUGCUUCCCGACAUUGAAUUCAUUCCUAGUUUGAGCAACGACCAAACCCUAGCCAUAGAUUCCUCCGGGAUCGACCGGGAGAGCCAGCCUCUCCUUGGUCGCUUGGAACUCGACGUUAUGUUUAAUAGAUUUCCAGAUGAUCCACAGUUCUCAGAACUGGUGUGGCAGGCUGAAUGUGCAAUAGAUAAUGGAGUUUAUCCAGAAAGGAUAUAUCAAGGUUCCAGUGGGAGUUAUUUUGUCAAAAAUCCAGCAGGGAAAAUUAUAGGUGUGUUCAAACCGAAAGAUGAGGAACCUUACGGCAGAUUGAAUCCAAAAUGGACAAAAUGGAUGCACAAGCUCUGCUGUCCGUGCUGUUUUGGCAGGAGUUGCUUAAUUCCAAAUCAGGGGUACUUAAGCGAAGCAGGUGCCAGCCUGGUCGAUCGAAAGCUGAGCCUCGGUAUUGUUCCAAAUACUAGAGUGGUGAAACUCGUUAGCGAGGUUUUCAAUUAUCCUCGCCUGGAUCGUCAGAAAGCGCGUAUGAAGCAAGCCAUUAUGGACCAGUUCCCUACAGUGGGGUCGCAUUUUAAUCGUAUUGGUCUACCGCCAAAAGUUGGUUCCUUUCAAGUUUUUGUAGACGGUUACAAGGACGCCGAUUAUUGGCUGAGGCGAUGGGAAAGCGAGUCCAUGCCGGCACACUUGAGUCGAGAAUUCCAGCUUCAAUUUGAGCGUUUGGUCAUUCUAGAUUAUAUCAUCAGAAAUACAGACAGAGGGAAUGACAAUUGGUUGAUUAAAUACGAUAUUAGCGUUAGCAAGAAUGGAACUGAACAGGGUGAAGUGAAGAUUGCAGCGAUCGAUAACGGCCUUGCUUUUCCCUUUAAACAUCCUGAUUCAUGGAGAGCAUAUCCUUAUCACUGGGCAUGGUUAACUCAGGCGAAACAGCCGUUCAGUGAUGUCACAAGAGAGCUAGUCCUGCCGCAACUCUCGGAUCAGAAUUUCGUACAAGAUCUUUGCGACGAUUUGUAUCAGCUAUUUAAACAAGAUAAGGGCUUCGACCGACAUCACUUCGAUAGGCAAAUGAGUGUGAUGCGCGGCCAAAUUUUGAAUCUACAACAAGCUCUGAAAGACGCCAAAAGUCCCGUGCAAUUGGUACAAAUGCCGGCUGUAAUUGUGGAAAAGGCCAAAGGAAAUGGCACUCCUAGGUUGUUUUCAUUCUCUGACACAUUUACCCAGCGCUUCCAGAACAAGAGUCCAUUCUUCUCCUGGUGUUGAAAAUGAGAAUUCAUAACUUGAAUCUAGUGCUCGUGAAUAAGUGUCAGUGGUAUCAGUGUCAUUGUCCUUUCUACCGCGAAAAAAUGUUAUUACUUAUUUUUCUAAGUUCAUCCUACCUCUGUUAAGUUUUAUUUCUGCAAUGCGGCUGCAAUUUGAUCGGGAGGACAUGGUCAUUCUUUUUAGGCUGUCUUAUAUUUAUAAUCUUUUUCUCUAUCUCAAUUUAAUCGGGAUAUAAGAUAUUCGUACAACUAUAUUGUAUACAGUAAAUAUAUAUUAUAUAUAUAAUGUUAAAACACAUUUUCUUUUAAUCGCUUGAUAGGCGAACAAAGUGUAAAAAAGGGCGCGUGAUAUUUAGAUAUAAUAUAUACUUCAUGAACACGAAAAAGAUACAUAUACAAGUUGUACGAAAUGUCUCUCGUCUUCCACACAUACAUGUACAGACAUACAACACACACACAUACACACACACACACACAGUCGCGCGCGCGCACACAUUGUAGUCUGUGCCAAUCGGUACUGCGAAAAGAAUCUGCAUAGAUCAAUACCUAAGAAAACAACUAAUGUCACACUACAACUUAAAAGUUGAAAGAUAAAAAUAUCUUCGUAUUUUAAUAUAUGAUAUUUUCUUUCAUCUAUUUCCACACAUUGAGAAAAUGACAUUAGUUAUUUCAAUCCACAAGGUGUUGAUCACUAAAGAUUUAAAAUGUUAUAUAAAUUUUUUGGUAAUUAAACAACUGUGAUGCUUGUGGUACGCAUGUCACGUCACGUCACAUAUGUACUGACAACAGGAAUUCCACGUAGUUAUAUAUAACAUUAAGUACAAAUGAAAUUUGCUACUGGAAUACGUAGACAAAAUAGAAUUUCUAGCGCAA